GCAUCGACCGCGCACGCUGCAGCGUCGUGAUCGCACUCAGCGUCACCUCCAGCAGGCCGCACGGCGCAUGCCGCUCACGCUCAAGGGCCGCAUCAGCGCGGCGGCGGCGAGACGCCCUCCGCCCGGGCACGAGCCGGCCCUCGCCGAGGCUGAAAGCGUGGCACGGCGGCGCGGGCCCUGCGCUCCCACGCUCGCCGAUGCCGAUGCUCGCCUGAGCCAGCGCCUCUUGAGCAAGGGGGAGCAGCAGCCCAAGCAACGAAGCAGACCGCAUGCCGCCGCUCCGCACCGAUCUGGUCAGCAGCACGUUGCGUCUGGCGGCUGUCAGCUGCUGAGCGCGGCUGUGCUUGAGCCGUGUGCAAGAGUCCGGUGCGGCACGAGAAGGGUGCCUUCGGGCGAGCUGAUGCGCUACGUGGCCUUUGAGGCGCCGAGAGCUCCGGCGCCCACCCCGAGCAGCGUCAGCUUGUCUGCCCAGCAACCGCAGCAAGCCCAAAAGCGAGCCAGCUGCGCUGCAAAGAGGAAGAGCCCGGCCGUGGCGGUCUCGCGCACGAGCACAAAGCAGGCACGACGUGGAGCAGCCGCGGCAUCCGUAGAGUGGACCUCGGAGCGGCGCGCCUCCUCUCGCGGCGGGGAGAAGGAAGCGUCCUUGAGGGUGCUCGCUUUCACAGCUCGGCACCUCAGCGCAGCGCACGUUUGAGUUCGAGGGUCCUCGUCAAGCGUCAUCAGCGUCAGGCACGCCCGCGGCUCGUAGCGGGCACCCUCAAUGCGGCUGCGGCAAGGGCGGCGCUCGGCACCCCGACGACGCUGGACGAAGCAGGAAGCGUUGCACUGCCGCAGCGGCCC